GUCAUCGAGAUAACUGUGAUGUAAACAUGCAGUAUGAAUUAACCUAUGAUGCACUAAAGCCUCCGUGGUCAGAGACUAAACCUUAAUUGACAUGUAUUAGGGCGUACAUCUAUAUAGCUUGUCAUGAAAUCACCAUAGUCAAUUUUCUUCACAGAAAAUAUGUAAUAGAACGUAUUUAAGCUAAUUUAAUAGCUUAAUAGGAGUAAGGAGGUGGGUGAGUGUAGAAAGUUUCAGGCUGUGAAUUGUUUUUUUCAGCCAUAGCAAUUCAACCUUUUUUUAAAACUGUAAGGUGUGUUGUGUCUGAGACUGUAAAAGAUUCUGCCAGCAGUGUCGUAGUCUUGCCUGUUACAGCAACAUCAAGCUACCCAAAAGCAGUAUAUAGUUAAAAUUCACUAAUCAAAGCUCUUGGCUGAAGAUGUCACGUUUACGUUUGAUGCUACGUUUACAUGUUUUAGGCUGUCUAUGAAAUUAGACCAAGAUAUUUACAUAAGCUGGAUAAGCAAGUAUCCCAUUUCUAGUCCCAUUUAUAUGCUCUCCAGUAUAGUCUGUUUUUAAAAACAACCUGCCAACUUACAGUUGCAGUUAAUAGUACUGUUGAAAAUGUUCAGAGCCUUUCUUUCUGCAAUACAAAUGACAAAAAUGACAUGCAGCAAUUACACCCUCAAAAGGUAUCAUAUUGCACAAAAUCUCAGAGUAAAAACUAGUGUCACUAAGUGUUUACAUAUUGAGGUAAUAAAAGAGUGUUAACAGGCAAAAGUGGUCUAACAUUGCAUAAGACAUAUAGGGGUUAAUAAAGUAAAACAUAAGGGAGUAUAGGGGGUCUUUGUCCUUUUAGAAUGAUUUGCAUACAGGGCAGAGGCCUCUGCAGGCUUUUAUAUUUGAAUGUUCAAUUUUAUAACUAGCUGACUGGGGAUUUAAGAACAAUAUCACAAUAUUUUUUAUUGACACGCCACCUGGCGGUGCGCGUCGGGAGCCGCACACGUGCAGUGGGAGGACUGACUUGUGUGUAACCACACCUGCACCUCGUUCGUCUCUGUGUAUAUAAACCCGUGUGCAGGGUGUUGGUUAUUGUAGACAUAACGUGUGGAUGUAACAUAGUCAAUGUUCAUUGUAUUAGUGUUCACCGUAUGUGUUUAAUCAUUUCUUGUUUGUGUCAAUCGUGAGUGACUCUUGUGAGUGCCGUUAGUGUUUCAUGUUAAAUGUGAAUAAAUGUUCGGAGGAGUCUGUGCGUCCAGCCCCUCGUCCUACGGCACCCGGCCACCGCAAGUUACCGCACCACUCUGAUGUCAAAACAAUAUGGAUCCAUAUUCACUGUGUAUUUUGGUCCAAAGAAAGUAGUUGUCCUGACAGGAUAUCAAACUGUCAAACAAGCACUGGUGAAUCAUGCAGAAGAAUUUGGAGACAGAGACAUCAAUCCCAUAUUCUAUGACUUCAACGAAGGAUUUGGAAUUCUGUUUUCUAAUGGUGAGAACUGGAAAGAGAUGAGGCGCUUUGCCCUUAGCACCCUGCGGGACCUUGGGAUGGGCAAGAGAGGGAGUGAAGAGAGAAUCAUAGAAGAGACGUGGUAUUUAAGGGAAGUGGUGGAGAACUUUAAGGGAAAACCCUUUGAUACCACACAGCCCCUGAAUUAUGCUGUCUCAAAUAUCAUCUCAGCCAUUGUAUGUGGAAGCAGGUUUGAAUACAGUGAUCCUCAGUUCCAAAAGAUGGUCAACCGAAGCAAUGAGAAUAUCAGGAUCACUGGUUCAGCUUCUAUACAGCUUUACAAUAUGUUCCCCUGGUUUGGGCUCUGGCUAAAGGACAGGAAAACGAUCAUGACAAACCGUGAAAAAACUCUGAAGGAUAUAAUGCAGAUAGUGCACAGCCUCCAGGAGACCCUGAACCCUCAGGAGUGCAGAGGCAUUAUUGACUGUUUUCUAGCAUGCAAACAAAAAAUGGAGGCUGGAGAAAAGAACUCAUUGUUCCAUGAACAGAAUCUCCUUCACAUAAUUUCCAACCUGUUUGCUGCUGGUACUGAGACAACUAGCACAACGCUCCGCUGGGGCAUUCUGCUAAUGGCCAAGUACCCCCACAUACAAGAUCAGGUGCAACAGGAGAUUGACAGAGUGGUUGGAGGCCGCCAGCCAGUGCUGGAUGACCGCAAGAACCUGCCUUACACAGAUGCAGUCAUCCAUGAGACACAGAGACUGGCAGACAUAGUACCCAUGAAUCUCCCUCACACCACUACCUGUGAUGUUAACUUCCAAGGCUUCUUCAUCAAGAAGGGAACCUGUGUAUUUCCUCUUUUGACAUCCGUGUUGAAGGAUGAGAAUGAGUGGGAGAGCCCUUACACUUUUAAUCCAGGACACUUCCUCGAUGAGCAGGGACACUUCAUUAAGAGAGAUGCCUUUAUGCCCUUCUCUGGAGGGCGUAGGGUGUGUCUGGGAGAGAGUCUGGCCAGGAUGGAGCUGUUCCUCUUCUUCACCACUCUUCUGCAGCACUUUCGCUUCACUCCUCCACCCGGCGUGUCUGAGGAACAGUUGGACCUCACACCAGCUGUGGGCUUCACAUUGAGCCCCUCUCCCCAUAAGCUCAGCGCAGUGAACCGCUUCGCAUAAUGCAUUCACUUUCAACAUGUAAGGGUAGUAUUAACAUUCAAGGUUGGAAUAAUAUUGGCAAAAUACUAUUUAAAAAUUCACAGGCACUGGUGCAACCUGGAUUUCAAAGUUCAUCACACGUGACCAACACAUUCACAUGUAACUCAAUUAUCUGGCUCAACAACUGGCACCUAAAAUGAAACCCUCAUCAUUCAUAUUGCUGAGUAACAUUCUAUUUUAUAAUAAAUGUAUGAUUUCUUAUAUGUGGAUGAACCCUAAACAUUUACAGUAAAUAUUAACAGUGCUUUUAGUUUUUCAUGCCAAGUCAAGUUCAUAGUCAUCCCGCAAUAUAAUUCAUAUAUACAUUAUUACAAAUGUUUCAUUUGACAGUAGUGACACAUGAACAACAUGGGAAGUCUAUGGCAAAACAGGCAAAUUUCAAAUAAAGUCUAAUAUUUCUACUGCA